AGUGAAGGAAAAAGAAAGUUAUCUCCUUUACCUGUCAUUAAAGAAUCGACCAACGUCUUCUUCGGAGAUACCAUCGCAUUUCUCGUGUCUGAAAUCAUCCAAGGGAAAAAAAACCCAUACUCCCAUUUCCCCCCUUUCAUAUCUUCGCUGAUUCGUUUCCUCUCUCUUUCUCUCUUCUCUGUUCUUCAUAUCCUAAUUUAUGCCAGAUGAUGAUGAUCUCGUCUCUUUAGAAUCUCAGAAAGUUCAAAGUACUAGUACCACUCUUUGUAUUAAACAAUCAAUUCUCCUAAAAGUUCACUUCACAAUUGCUCAUUCGUGGGAAUUUUACCCAGUAAUUAAUAUGAAAACGGAUAGAAGAAAUGGGUUUGUAAAGGGUUUGCCCAGUUCAGGGAGAGAAGAAGAUUGAGAUCAGGAUUUUCUUUGUCUUUUUUGGUUUCCUGUUUUGGAUAGGGAAAGGAGGAGGUGGAGACGGUGAUGAUGGAGCAGAAACAGUUUUUAUUAUCAGCAUUGAGCGUCGGAGUUGGUGUCGGAGUGGGUCUUGGCCUCGCUUCCGGGCCAACGGUUAGCAGAUGGGCUGGCUACGGCGACCCCUCCGCCGCCGGCAUUACGUCGGAGCAAAUUGAGCAGGAACUAUCGAGACUCGUCGUCGACGGCAAAGAAAGUAAGGUCACGUUUGACGAGUUCCCUUAUUAUAUCAGUGAACGCACACGGGUUCUAUUGACGAGUGCUGCUUAUGUGUAUUUGAAGCAUUUGGACGUUUCUAAGUACACUCGGAAUCUUGCUCCUGCCAGUAGGGCUAUUUUGCUUUCAGGACCCGCUGAACUCUAUCAACAAAUGUUGGCAAAGGCUCUUGCUCAACACUUUGAAGCAAAGUUAUUAUUAUUAGAUGUUGCUGAUUUCUCUAUGAAGAUGCAGUGCAAAUAUGGUUCCUCCAAAAGACAGCCUGGUUUCAAGAGGUCCAUAUCAGAGGUGACAUUAGAUCAUGUCUCUAGCUUGCUUGGUUCCUUUUCAAUUCUUCCUCCAAGAGAUAUUACUAGUAGAGCUCCCUCUCGCACGUUAUCCAGGCAAGGCAGCGGCCCGGAUCUCAAAUCAAGAGCUAUGGAAGGUUCUAAUAAUCCACCAAUGCACCGAAGAAGAGCCUCCAUUUCUUCAGAUAUAAGUAGUAUCAGCUCCCAAUCCUCUUCUUUUAAUCCAGCACCUAAGCGCACUAGCAUCUUGCCUUUUGAUGAAAAGACAUUCUUACAAUCUCUGUACAAGGUUUUGGUUUCAAUCUCUGGAAGUGGAUCCAUUAUUCUAUACAUCAGAGAUGUGGAGAGGCUUCUCAAUCAGUCCCCAAGACUCUACAAGUUGUUUGAUAGGAUGUUAAAGAAACUGUCUGGUUCGAUUAUGGUACUCGGGUCUCGGAUGUUGGAUUCUGAUGAUGAUUGCAAUGAAGUUGAUGAGAGACUCUCUCGUUUAUUUUCUUAUAACAUUGAAAUCAAGCCUCCAGAAGAUGAGCAUCGUCUUGUCAGCUGGAGAGCUCAGCUAGAGGAAGAUAUGAAGGUCAUUCAGUUUCAGGAUAACAAGAAUCACAUUUCAGAAGUACUUGCAUCCAAUGAUCUUGAAUGCGACGAUCUUGGUUCGAUAUGCCAUGCAGAUACUCUGAUCCUCGGGAAUUAUAUUGAAGAGAUUGUGGUUUCAGCCAUAUCUUACCAUUUAAUGAAUAACAAGAAUCCUGAAUAUAGAAAUGGGAAGCUGGUAAUAUCAUCAUCCAGCUUAUCCCAUGGAUUUAGCAUCUUCCAGGAUGGAAAAGGCUGUGUAAGAGAUACUCUUAAGCUGGAGGCAAAUGUUGAAUCAUUAAAGAAAACCGAAGUGGAAGCUGCAACAAAGCCCGAGGCGAAACCCGUUACUUUGAUAACCGAGAUUAAAACAGAGACAGAGAAAUCAGCUCUGCCUGUCAAGAAAGAUGAAGAGAAUAUUGCUGCAAUAUUGCCAAAAACACCUGAAGUUCCACCCGACAAUGAAUUUGAGAAACGCAUAAGGCCGGAAGUUAUUCCAGCAAAAGAGGUCGGGGUAACGUUUGCUGACAUCGGUGCUAUGGAUGAGAUAAAAGAAUCACUUCAGGAAUUGGUUAUGCUUCCUCUUCGACGACCCGAUCUAUUCACAGGAGGUUUACUUAAGCCAUGCAGAGGAAUACUCUUAUUUGGACCACCCGGGACGGGAAAAACAAUGCUUGCUAAAGCUAUUGCAAACGAAGCGGGUGCUAGCUUCAUCAACGUUUCGAUGUCAACCAUCACCUCCAAAUGGUUUGGUGAAGACGAGAAGAAUGUCAGGGCAUUGUUCACGCUUGCGGCUAAGGUUUCUCCGACGAUUGUGUUUGUUGAUGAAGUCGAUAGCAUGCUUGGUCAACGGACUAGAGUGGGAGAGCAUGAGGCUAUGAGGAAGAUAAAGAACGAGUUCAUGACACAUUGGGAUGGACUUCUAACGAAACCCACCGAGCGAAUUCUUGUUCUUGCAGCGACAAACAGACCCUUUGAUCUUGACGAAGCUAUCAUUAGACGAUUCGAACGCAGGAUUAUGGUUGGUCUUCCACCUGUAGAGAACCGGGAGAAGAUACUGAAAACUCUUCUGGCGAAGGAAAAAGUAGGAGAACUCGACUAUAAGGAGCUUGCAGUGAUGACAGAAGGAUAUACUGGAAGCGAUCUUAAGAACCUUUGCGUCACAGCAGCUUAUAGACCUGUUAGGGAGCUAAUACAACAAGAGAGGUUAAAAGAAAAGGAGGAGAAGAAGCAGAAGGAAAAAGCCGAAGCAGAAGGACAGAGUACAGAAGAAGUUGCCUCAGAGACGAUGAAAAAAGAGGAAAAAGUAAUCAUCCUCAGGCCAUUAAACAUGGAAGACAUGAGACAGGCUAAAAACCAGGUUGCUGCAAGUUUUGCUUCAGAAGGAUCAGUAAUGAAUGAACUGAAACAAUGGAAUGACUUGUAUGGAGAAGGAGGAUCAAGGAAGAAGCAGCAGUUAACUUACUUCCUUUAAAA